GUAGUUUUAAACCUCAAAAUAUAAAAGUGAAAAAAAACAUGCAAUAAUAUUUCUCUCGCUUUCCACGCAUCAGAUCGAUAAAUUCAUUGUUAAAUUCUCCUACAAUGUUAGCACCUAGGAAACAGCCCUUCCAACCUUCCCCAAAAAGCCAUUUCCAGCAGAGAAGAAAUCUUGAUGAAAGAUGUUCAUUAAAUGAACCAAGUAGACUUGCCAAUGAGCAAUGUGAUCAAAUACAAGAAAUUGAGAGGGAUAUUCAAAUUUACAAUUGUCAAGAACCAAAAGAUUCUUCUACUAUUUCUCAAGAAUUAAAAAUAAAAGAGAAAAAUCUUGGUCCAAUGAUAGAUCUUUUGAAGAAUCAUCAUGAAACUGGAGGUAUUAAUCCUCCGUAUUUUCCUCAACAAGAAGAUGGUCACCCAGUGAAAAGUGAGGGUCCUAUGGAGCCAGUUGGACCAUGGGCAACUGGUUGUGUGUCAUACAGUCCCUAUAGUGGAAUAACGGGAGUACGUCCUGUUGUCGAUCGUUACUCAAUAACGCGAUAUAGUCCCGGCGAAUGGCGAGCUCAUAAUCAAACAUUUUUCAAUGAAUCGACCGAGAAAAUUCGAGAAGCUCAAACAAUUAGAUUGGAUGCUCGACAUUGUAAAGAAGAGAUCUACAAAGAAACUGAUAAGACCCAACUGGAAAAUCGAGAUCGGCUCAGUAGCCGUGUAGGUGUUGUUCAUCGAUGGAAAACAGAAUUGGAACGAGCCCUUCUUGACAUAACUGAGGAAAUUGAAUUGCAAGAUGGGGAGCGACGACGUGUCCAGCGGUCUCUGUCAGUUCUCACGAUACCCGAAUCAAUUGCUGCCGAGUUCCUGGAGCUUCGUUCCACUAGACUGGAGCCGGAUCUCGUGAAAGACGAUGUCGAAACGGAAUUAGUGAAGGAAUUAGCUCUUUGUUGGGAGGUGAGAAGUUUUCUUGAGAAAAGUAAAGAACAAAUUGAAGAGCAAUUGCUCGAACUAAGAAGUUUUAAGAACCGAAUGGAAUGCGAUUGGACGGAUAAAGCUGAUACCUAUGAAAUUGAUACUCUUUGUGUGGGACUAAAAAAUUCUUCUCCUUUAAUUUUGUUCAAAAAUGGUGUUACAAGAGUUCCUGCUAAUCAAACAACUCCUGAAGAGUACGAUAAUUUUACUAAGGAAAAUUUAACUGCAGCAGAAAAUUCAAGACAACGAUCCAUAAAUUUAAGAUCCACUUUAAAUGUAAAUUAUUCCAAUGCCCUGAAAGAUCUUCGAACACAAUCGAAUCGAGUGAAUACUGCAUUGGCCGAGAAAAUUGCACUCACCGAACAAGUUUGCGAAAAUUUGGAAAAAGAACUCCUCAAGUGCCUGCAAGAGCUCACAGUUACGGAAAAUUUGAUUGAAGAACUUCGUGGAUCGACAAAAAGCUUAAACGAUGCUUUGAAAGUUGCACAAAGUCGUCUAUCGAAUCGUCUUCAAAGAAGAAAUGUUGAAAAUUGUAGAGACAUUCCACAAUAUGGAAUUAUUGAGGAAGUGAAAACUUUAGGAGAAAGUAUAUCAACAUUAAUGGUAAAAUUGAGAAAAGUCGAAGAUGCACAAGCUAAUUUAGUUAAAUCCAGAAGUAAUAUGGAAAAAGAAAUAAUGGUUAAACAAAAAUCUUUGUACAUUGAUCGAGAUCGUGGAUUAGUUCUUCGAUCAUUUUAUCCAUCGACAACUAAAAUUUUAGGACAAAAUGAAAAAAUCAUGCAAGAGGCAACUCAUACUCAAGAGAUUAAAAUUCAUCACAAAUCGGAACCAAUUUUCUUUUUUAAAAAGAAAAUUUCGAAAAAAGAAAAUGAAAUUAAAGAAUAUUUUCCCAGUUCAUUUGUAAGCAAACCUCAAAAUGAAAUCACUUCAGAAAAAAUAACAAAGGAGAAUAAAGAAACAAAGACUGAAGUAAAUUGUCCUCUAAUUCCAAAUAUAUUAUCUCAUCCUCAACCUCUAGGACCAAUAUCAAAAACUGUUCCUUUAAAUUAUUGGAAAUCUUUAGCAUCGAUUUCAGGAACACGACCAAACGUUGAUAAAUGCUCUCUCGCACGAUUCAGUCCCGGUGAAAAUGAAUUAAGAUUUGAAAAUUUACUUAAAGCGAAUCAAGAAAAUUUCAAUAACGCAUCAUUAUUAGCGUUUACUGCUCUGAAAGCAAUGGAAAGUGCUUUUGCAAAAAUCGAAAAUGAUUCUUUACACAACAAAAUAAAAUUGUGUGCAAGAGCAAAAGUUCUCUUCACAUGGAAACAAGAAUUAGAACAAAAUAUUUUGGACCAUAAUUCUGAGAUAAAAUUGAUUAAUAAUGAAAAGAAACGAUUGAAAAAAUCAAUUAAUGCACUUGAAUUUGUUAAGUCAAUUAACAAUGAAACGAAAUUAAGCAGAUGUUUAAGAAUUGAACCGGAACUCGUUCACGAUCAAGUGGAUGAAGAAAUAAUUCAGGAAGCAAUUAUAUAUGAAGAGAUUUCAAAUAUUUACAAACGAUGUAAAAAUCAUUUAAAUCUUCAACUACAAGAAUUAAAGGAUGCUAAACAGAGACUCGAAUGUGAUUGGUCAAGAAAAGAACAAACUUACGAUAUUGACACAAAUUGUAUAGGCUUAAAAUAUAAUUCUUCGAAUAUUUUAUUGAAACCUGGAUCCGUUAAAUUGCCACAAAAUCAAUCAUCUCCCACAACUUAUAAACAAUUUUGUAAAGAAUCCAUUAUCCAAAGUCAAAAUAGUUUAAGAAAUUCUCAAAUUUUACGCACAAAUAUGAAAAAUAUCUACAAAUCCUCGGUUCAUGAUCUUCGAGGACAAGCGGAUAAAAUAGACAUUGCAUUAGAUGAAAAAAUUGCUGAAACAAUAAAUUAUUGUUUUAAAAUUGAAAACAAUUUGAAAAAAUGUCUGCGAUCAAUGUCCGAAACAGAGGCAUUGAUAGAUAAAAUUAAUAAUAAUUUAGAAAAACUUAAUGGAGCAAUGAAAUGCACUCAAACCUGUUUAAAUGAACGUCUUCAACGAGAAUUUACUGAAAAUUGCCGUGACAAUCCUCAAUUAGGAUUGAUUGAUAGUGUGAAAUUACUCACUGAAAAUAUGUCUAAUAUAUUGGGACAAAAAAGAAAUGCCGAAGAUGUACUUGCUGAAUUAAUUAAAUCAAGAAAAGAAAUAGAGAGAGAAUUAAUGAUAAAACAAAAUACGCUUUAUGUAGAUCGCGAUCGUUGUCUUUCGAUAAGAUCUUAUUAUCCAAGUGUUCAAUGUUUAGGUGGAUAUUAAACUUUUUUUUUUUUUUUUUUCUUUGUAAAAUUGAAAAUUAUGCC